GUUUCACAAAUAUUAAGUCAGAAAUUAGCUUCAAAGCUUAUCGAGCGGAUAUGUCGUCACCCAAAUCGCACAAGUCUCAAUCAUCCCGGGGUCGUCAAUCACCCAUUGGAUUGGACCAGAUUGCGGCAGAGCAACCGGCAAUUGAAGUCGACAAUGAUUCCGAUUCCUCCUACACUAAAUCGACGGGAAUUACCGACACGGAGUCGCUUCGAUCGUCCAUCCUAAGUUACAAGUGGGAGAAUGGACGACGCUACCAUGCUUAUCAGGAUGGAUCUUACUGGGCUCCCAAUGAUGACCGUCAACAAGAAGCAGAAGAUUUGAUGCACGAAGUGUACAAGAUCAUCCUGGAUGGCGAGCUACACGAGGCGCCAAUCAACGAAAACCCACAGAGGGUUCUCGACUUGGGAUGUGGAACUGGAAUAUGGGCAAUCGAAUUUGCGGAUGCCAACCCAUCUGCAGAUGUGAUUGGAGUUGAUCUCUCACCCAUCCAACCCAAAUUUGUCCCUCCCAACUGUCGAUUUGAAGUUGACGACAUCACACAAGAAUGGACGUAUCCUGACAAUCACUUUGACUUCAUCCAUGUCCGCGCCAUGAUAGGCUCUAUUCCUGAUUGGACUGGCCUUUACAAAAAGGCCUACACGCACAUGAAACCUGGUGGCUGGCUGGAAAGCGUUGAACUUUGGGGCAACGCAAAGUCCGAUGAUAAUACCUUGAAGCCUGACUCGCCCUGCCACAAGUGGGUUGAGGUCUUCAAAGAGAUCGAGAAAAUAACUGGCAAGUCCUUCUUUUGGGACGACAAGAUGGCUCAGUCAAUCAGCGAUGCCGGAUUCAUCAACGUAAAGGGUCGAAGGGUCAAGGUUCCUGUUGGUACAUGGCCGAAGGACAAGACUCUCAAGCAAUGGGGUGCCUGGAAUCGUCAUUUCUUGCUCCAGGGUCUCGAGGGCUUCUCUAUCCGUGGCUUGACUGAACUGCUGGGUUGGAAGGUUGAAGAUGUACAGCUGUUCUUGGCAGAAAUGCGCAAAGAGUUGACCAAUCCGGAUUUGCAUUCGUAUCUCGAGGUCACCGUCUUCUACGGCCAAAAGCCCGAGGCUUGA